AACCCCAAAAAUCCAUCGCCGACGGUCCUUCGCAGAAAACUCGAGAUAAACCGUAAACACGAGUCUAGAGAAUGGUCAGAAAGCAAGUCGGACUCGAAAACAGCGCAUCCCUAGCAGUAAGCCAGCAGCAGCAGGAGGAGCAAAAGGAUAAUAAGCAGCAGAAGCACCAGGUGCAGGAUCAGCAGAUCGAUACUGACUUAAGCCAAAGGAGCAGUCCCAACUACGCCAAGCAGGCGCAGGCCAUCUACGCGCCGUUGCAUCCUUCGCUCGCCACCUUGUCCACCGGCUAUGACCAUGGCAGCUCGCGGCUCUUUAGUCUACAGCAUACGCACAUCGCCACGAUGCCCUACAAUCUGCACUCGGUGUCGCCCCAAAACAUGGUCGCCACCGCCGGCCAGGCCAUCCUGCCCACGGAGAUACCCAUCGAGGACGAGGAACGGCUGGAGCGCAUAUUUAAGCAGCUGGACCGCGACGGCGACGGACGGAUCGACAUCCACGACCUGUCGGCGGCGCUGCACGAGUUCGGGAUGUCGAGUGUCUACGCUGAGAAAUUCCUCCAACAGUCCGACAAGGAUCAGAGUGGCAACGUGGGCUUUGCCGAGUUCAUGCACUACGUCAGGGAGCACGAGAAGAACCUUGUACUGCAGUUCUCGCACUUAGACAAGAACCGAGAUGGGAAAGUGGACUUGGAGGAGCUGAUUUCCGCUUUCAAAGACCUGGGCCUGGACAUUGACAUAGACGAGGCGAGGAAACUACUCACCAGAAUGGAUAAGGACGGAAGCCUGAACAUUAGCUUUAACGAGUGGCGCGACUUUAUGCUCCUUGCGCCAUCAACGGACAUCCACGACUUGAUUAAAUUUUGGCGUCACUCUACUUACCUCGACAUUGGCGAGGAUAUGAACGUACCUGAUGACUUCACACAGAAGGAGAUGCAGACAGGCCUCUGGUGGCGGCACUUGGUAGCGGGUGGCAUUGCAGGAGCAGUGUCCCGGACGUGCACAGCGCCACUGGACAGAAUCAAAGUGUACUUACAGGUACAAACGCAAAGAAUGGGAAUCUCAGAGUGUAUGCAGAUCAUGCUGAACGAAGGCGGAUCACGGAGCAUGUGGCGCGGCAAUGGCAUCAAUGUCCUUAAGAUUGCUCCCGAAACAGCUCUGAAGUUUGCCGCCUACGAGCAGAUGAAGCGACUGAUCCGCGGCGAGGAUGCCAGCCGGCAGAUGAGCAUCGUGGAGCGCUUCUAUGCUGGAGCAGCUGCCGGUGGCAUUUCCCAGACCAUCAUCUAUCCCAUGGAAGUAUUAAAGACGCGCCUGGCGCUAAGGAAGACUGGCCAGUACGCCGGCAUUGCUGAUGCUGCGGCAAAGAUCUAUAAGCACGAGGGCGCGCGAAGCUUCUACAGAGGCUAUGUGCCGAACAUCCUGGGAAUCCUGCCAUACGCCGGCAUCGAUCUGGCCGUAUACGAGACCCUGAAACGACGAUACAUCGCCAGCCACGACAACAACGAGCAGCCCAGCUUCCUGGUGCUACUCGCUUGUGGCAGCACAUCGAGUGCGCUCGGCCAGCUCUGCUCCUACCCUCUGGCCCUGGUGCGGACUCGGCUACAGGCACAAGCCGCCGAAACAAUUGCCAAUCAAAAGCGUAAGACCCAGAUCCCUCUGAAGAGUAGCGACGCGCACAGCAGCGAAGAGACGAUGACGGGUCUGUUCCGCAAGAUCGUGCGACAGGAGGGUCUCACGGGACUGUACCGGGGCAUUACGCCCAACUUCCUCAAGGUCCUGCCGGCGGUCUCCAUCAGCUAUGUGGUGUACGAGUACUCGAGUCGCGCCCUGGGCAUCAAGAUGUCGUGAGAUGUUUCUGCCUUAAUCUCGCUCCGAACGGGCUCGACUGCCGAGACCCUUGGCUGACCCCGUGCGCCCGUGUCCGUGUGUUUGCAGUGCAGACCGUUCCGGGCCGCGGCGGCAGCUACUGCUGUGCUCCAUUUGUAUAGUUGUAGUGGUAGGUUAAGUCGGGCGGCCCGCCACUCGCUCUCUACUACUUUCCUUAAGUGUAAACCGGCCUCUUCCAUGUUCUGGGUUAAAUCUAUCCUUUUUAAUUUAUAGUUAAAUUAGUUUGAUUACUUUCUAAAAAAAAUACAAAAUAAGUGAUACUAUGGCUAAUUUAUUU